AUGCUCUCCCACGCCAUCUCACAGCUUCAUUUUCAACAAUCCCACGUCGUCCCAAAACUUAGUAUGAAGAUGAGUUCGAUUUUUGUUCCAAACAUUACAUAUUUGGGAGUUAAAUCGAUUUCUCACUUGAAGAUAAUUCUUGGAUCAAGUUUUGUUUACAUCUCCAUUUCAGGAAGGCUCUGCACAAAGCCCAAUGUGCAUGUUGUCAUGGGUUCCAUUGAGUUCCGUCUUGAUCUGGUGGGGAUCAUUGUACACAAUCACAACACAAUUUUGACUGGUCAUCAAGAAAAUGCAGAAUUUGUUCUUGCUAUGAUUGGAUUUUGA